AUGAACUUCCUAUCUGAAAACUCUUCCAAAAAGAUUUUUUAAUAGCCAUACUUUUAGUAAAAAGGUACCUUAGAAUACAAAGUAUUCGAUAAAUGUUUAAAGAUUAAAAUUUAAAUCACAUUUUCCAAAGAUUAAAAAAUUAUUUAUUCAAGAGAUGGAGUAAUUUUGAGAGUGUAAUAUAUCUUUAUUGAAUGUAAAAGAGAAGAAAUUGCAAACUUAUCCAAAAACCCAGAAAUUCUAAAAAAUAUGGAAUAAAUCAAAAAUCUUGCUUGGUAAGGUGAAAAGGCAUAGAAUAAUAAAAAACAUGGAAAAUGGAAAGCCUCUUGGAAUGGAGAAGGUCUGAUGAAUGUUGGUGGAUAUUAUAAAGAUGGGUUAAAGCAAGGCUUAUGGAAAGAAAUAAUUGAAAAUUAUUCUACGUAUGUUAUAUUUAUUACUAAUUUAAAUAGUCAAGCUUAGGUUUAUUUAUUUGGAGAAUACUAUAAAGAUUUAAGAAGAGGUAAAUGGAGUUAUAUAUAUAAAAAUAAUAAGAUGUACUUACUUAAAUAAUUAUCUAGCUAUGGGGGAUUAUACAACGAAGAAGGUUAAAAAAAAGGUAAAUGGAUAGAGUUGAGCGAUGGAUUUAUGGAUUAUUCUUAAGUAAUUUAUAUUGGGCAAUAUAAUACGAAUGGAAUAAAAGUUGGUGUCUGGCAAAUCUUUUGGUUUGAAGGACUAUAAAUGUAAAGGCUAAAAUGAUAAUAGAGGUGGUGGAUUUUAUAGUGAAUAGUUAGGAGCUUAAGAGAAAAAGAUAGGAAGAUGGAUCGAAUUAUCAAAGGGAUUCAAAUAAGAGAGCUAAAUCACUUAUAUUGGUGAAUAUAAUAUUUAUGGAAUAAAAGCUGGAAGGUGGGAUACUUAUUUUAAUUGGAGAGAAAAUAAAAAAAUGUAAAAUUAAAUAUUGUUUUAGAGGUGGCGGAUUUUAUAAUGAAUAAGAAGGAAGUUUAAUAAAGAUAGGAAGAUGGAUGGAAUUGUCUAAGAAUUUUAGGUUGGAUUCUUAAAUUAUUUAUAAUGGUGGAUAUAAUAUGAAAGGUUAGAAAAUUGGAAAAUGGGAUAUUUUUCGGUUAGGAGGAGAAUAAAUGUAAAAACUAAACUAAAUAUAGAGGUGGUGGAUUAUAUGACGAGUAAGAAGGAGGUUCAAGAAAGAUUGGAAGAUGGAUUGAGUUGUCACAGAAUUUUUACGAUUAUUCUUAAGUCACCUAUAAUGGUGAAUAUAAUUAAAAUGGUUAAAAAGUAGGUAGAUGGAAUAUAAUGUAUAAUGAAGGCUUGGGAUAUAAAUAAAUGUAAUGGAUAAUGUAAUUUUAGUGGUGGUGGAUUAUAUGAUGAGUUUGAAGGAUAUUCAAGAAAGAUUGGAAGGUGGAUAGAGUUAUCAGAUGAUUUUUGGAUGGAUUCCUAAGUGACCUAUGAUGGUAUUUAUAAUAAGGAUGGUAGAAAAAUUGAUAGGUGGGACAUUUAUCUUAAUUAUGGAGGAAACAACAAAAUGUAAAAGUUAAAAAUAUGCUAGUGGUGGUGGAUCAUAUAAUGAGUUUGAAGGAAGUUCAAGAAAGAAUGGGAAGUGGAUUGAGUUGUGGGAAAAAUUUGAAGCUGAUUGUUAAAUAACUUAUUGUGGUUAAUAUAAUAAAGAAGGGAAAAAAGUUGGAAUAUGGAUUGAGAUGAAGAGAGAGUAUAAUGAGAAGAGGUUCAAAAAAAUAAAAAAAUUAAGAUAUGAUAAUUGA